AUGAGCGGGGCGGGCGGUGCGGCCGCGUCUCCCGGCGGGGCCGGGGCCGGGGCCGGGGGCGGCACUUCUGCCGAUUCCGAGCUCGACGGCGGCGGCGGCGCUCUUGGCGCUCGCAGCUGCAACGCAGCAGGCAGCACAGGCACCGGAGCCGUAGUGGGCAGCACUGCGGCUGCGGCGGCUUCUCCCAGGAAUGACACCGGUGGUCCCGGGGUGGGUGGAGGCGAGGCUGCUGCUGCUGCUGCUGCUGCUGCUGGAGAAGCGGUGGGUGGGACGAUGAAGCCUGCUGUGAGCAGGGGCGGUGGCAUGGCAGGCGUGGCAUGGAAGGUAGGCACCACCACCGGCGUGGGAGUCCAUCCCACAGUGGGCAGGGCAGAGAACAAUUUGGCUGUGGAAGGAAAGGAUUGGAGGGGCCUUUGCUGUCACUUUGCCAGUGAAAGACAGACUGAAAUAUUAUGUUGUUAUACCCAGAGAACUUUAUUUGACAACAGACACAGAAAUAGAACAGGUUCUUGCUAG